AUGGUAGGGAUAGUGGAGGUAUCCACUCUGAAAGAGCUAAAAGUGGGUGAGGUUAAAGUUAGCUCGCUGAAAGCUUCCGCCCAUCACUACAGUGCUCAGUGUGACAAGGCCAACAAGGAAUGCAUGCUGUGCCCUUGGGAAGUGAAGGACCUGAGGUAGUGUUUAGAGGAAGGCAAGCUGGUCAGUAAGUGUGCUCUGCCUUUCUUUAGGCAGAUAAAGUGCCACUGUGCAGAACGUUUUACACAGUACCAGGUCUGAAUUGAUUUUACUGCCCAGCAGCUGUGUCAUAACUGUAGCAAAUAGCAAGCAAAGUUUGAUGGGUAUAUGCUGGAUAAACUGGGCUAGGUGUGGCCGGACCUGGGAGAACUGUUAAAGGUCACUAAAGCAAAAACAUAUCAACCAUUGCAGGAGAAUCCCUGUCACUCAUGACCAAGACCUAAGCUCAACCCUGAGAUGAAGCACAUGUUGGGAAAACUGGAACUCUGUUUAUAG